AAAGGGAAAACAUAGAAGGUUUGGUUGAGACUUUCAGAUUCGAGAGAUAAAGAGAUAUUUUGAAGAGACUGAAUAGAAUGUAUGUGACAAGAUCUCUCUCCCACUACAAGCAAAUCCCCAGCUCUCUCUCCUUACCUCCACCUGAAGGUCCAAAUUCAGGUUAUCUUGUAAUUCAAGAUGAAGAAUCUGUAGGUACCACUUGUUUUGGGUUGUGCAAAGAUACAUACAUUCGAGAGAUGCCAUUCCCUCAGGACAAGAUCCUUACUGUCAGCUACUCAACAACAUCUGGACACAACACCACAACAGGAGCACCAAACCAUGUUACUUAUACUGAUGAUGUCUAUUUCAUCCCAGCUCUUAAUCAACCUCUUUCUUCCAAUCGAUACUACGUUAUAAAGGCACAUGGCCGACAUAAAGGGGAAGCAUAUGCAAGUUCGAAUGAGGAAGAGCCUUGUUGCUGUUUCAACACUGUUAAGGAAAUGAAGCCCAGAGAAUUGGAUCACGAGGACGUGUAUCAGCAGAUUGAAAUCACAGCUUUGGAGAUGUCAUGUUGUGGUCCUAGUGGUUAUGUUGCCAGAUCUGUAGCUCAAGAUGGGGUUCCUCCACGUUUCCUAGCUAGAAAAGGAUGGGAGGUUUAUACUUCAACUCCACGCCAUUACCAGUUAUGCGAAGCUCAGGGCAUCAACUACUCUCUCCGGGCACGGCUACCACACUUUGAUUUCCCAUUGUCUACUAAGAGCUCUGAGAUUAUGGUUGUGGGGAAGUGGUACAGUCCAUUCAUGUUUAUAAAGGAAGAAGGAAAGUUGAAAGAUCAGAUGAAGAGAUCGAUGUUUUACGAGAUCACACUGGAGCAACAGUGGAAACAGAUUUAUGAAGGUGAGAACAAUCUCAAUGGAGAUAAUUUUGUGGCUGUAGAUGUUUCAGUUCAAAGAGAGAUAGCAUUUCUCUUGGGCAAUGAAGCUGAUCUGCACAAUCACACGCAAGUGACUGAUGGUGUGAUCUGGUUUAGUACUGUGAAUCGAGGGGGAGGAGGAGGAGAAUCAAAGGUGGGAUUGAGUUCGGCAGUUAUGGAGAGGAUGAGAUGGGAGCAAGAAAGAGUGGGAUGGGUUGGUGGGAAAGAAAAACAAGUAAAGGUUGAAAGGGUAGAAGAGUUUGAAGGGGGUACGGAUGAGUGGAAGAAAUAUGGUUGUUAUGUAUUGGUGGAGAGGUUUGUAUUUAAGAGAAUGGAUGGAAGCUUAUUACUGACCUAUGAGUUUAGGCAUACCCAUGAAAUUCGAAGCAAAUGGGAAUGAGUAUUAUUGAAAAUGAUGUGGGCUCCCACUUUGACUGCAUUACAUUUUAUCUAGUUUUCUUCUGUAGAAAUAUGAGUCUGGAUGAGAUAGAUACUUUUUAUGUUUCUUUUUCGACCUUUCGUUUUGGGUGAUGUUUAUAAA